AUGCUGUGCGCGACGCGGGCUAUCAGCCGUAAGGCCCUGGAAUGUUCAGGCAUUGGAUCCGACUUUUACACACACAGGAAUUUCUCAACAAUUCUCAAAACCGCUGCAACACCAACAGUGCCCAUCUAUCAGCGACAUUCACUCCAAUACAGGAACAAGUCAGAUGGAGUUCGCGGUGCAGUCAUUGGUAUUGACUUGGGUACCACAAACUCUUGUGUGGCCGUUAUGGAAGGCAAGACGCCAAAGGUGGUGGAAAAUAGCGAAGGUUCGCGAACAACGCCAUCUCACGUCGCUUUCACGAAAGAUGGCGAACGGCUAGUUGGCACGCCAGCCAAACGCCAAGCGGUCACAAACAGCGGCAAUACCUUCUACGCCACCAAGCGGUUGAUUGGCAGAAGAUUCGAGGACCCCGAAGUGCAGAAGGAUAUGAAGAAUCUAUCUUAUAAGGUUGUCAAAGCUUCAAAUGGAGAUGCUUGGGUGCAAGGUAGCGAUGGCAAAGUGUACUCCCCCAGUCAGAUCGGAGCUUUUGUUCUGGUGAAAAUGAAGGAGACUGCCGAAGCGUACCUCAACACUUCGGUGAAGAACGCUGUGAUCACUGUGCCGGCUUACUUCAAUGACUCGCAGAGACAAGCCACCAAAGAUGCUGGUCAGAUUGCUGGUUUGAAUGUACUGCGAGUUAUAAACGAACCCACUGCGGCCGCCCUAGCUUACGGCAUGGACAAGACUGAUGAUAAAAUUAUCGCCGUGUACGACUUGGGUGGUGGCACAUUCGACAUCUCCGUACUGGAGAUUCAGAAGGGAGUGUUCGAAGUGAAGUCGACCAACGGUGACACACUGCUUGGUGGGGAAGACUUUGACAAUGUCAUCGUCAACUUUUUGGUCGAUGAGUUCAAACGAGACCAAGGUUUGGACAUUCGCAAGGACGCUAUGGCCAUGCAACGUCUCAAGGAAGCCGCUGAGAAAGCCAAGAUCGAACUGUCCGGAUCGCUUCAAACCGACAUCAACCUUCCAUAUCUCACCAUGGACUCUUCGGGACCCAAACACAUGAACUUAAAGAUGACCCGGUCCAAGCUAGAGUCUCUAGUGGGAGAUUUAAUCAAGCGAACGGUGCCACCGUGCCAGAAGGCCUUGCAAGAUGCUGAGGUCCAACGGUCUGACAUCGGCGAAGUUUUGCUCGUCGGUGGAAUGACUAGAAUGCCUAAGGUCCAAUCAACGGUCCAAGAAAUCUUUGGUCGAGCUCCAUCCCGGGCAGUCAACCCCGAUGAAGCCGUUGCCGUAGGAGCUGCAGUCCAAGGCGGAGUAUUAGCCGGAGAUGUGACAGACAUAUUGCUGCUCGACGUGACUCCAUUAUCACUGGGAAUCGAGACUUUAGGAGGAGUUUUCACCAAACUAAUCACCAGGAACACAACGAUACCGACCAAGAAGAGCCAAGUUUUCUCUACUGCUGCCGACGGCCAGACCCAAGUCGAGAUCAAAGUCCACCAAGGCGAGCGUGAAAUGGCAACAGACAACAAACUUCUAGGCCAAUUCUCUCUGGUCGGCAUUCCUCCAGCGCCUAGAGGCGUGCCACAGAUUGAGGUCACAUUCGAUAUUGAUGCCAACGGGAUUGUGCACGUUUCCGCCAGAGACAAGGGCACUGGGAAGGAGCAACAGAUUGUGAUCCAAUCUUCCGGUGGACUGUCCAAGGACGAAAUCGAGAACAUGGUGAAAGCUGCCGAACAAUUCGCACAGACGGACAAACAACGCCGUGAAAGGGUUGAGGCUGCCAACCAGGCUGAGGGAGUGCUUCACGAUACCGAGACCAAAAUGGACGAAUACAAAGCUCAGCUGCCACAAGACGAGUGCGACAAACUACGCGAGGACAUCGCCAAGCUCCGCGAAUUGUUAGCGCAGAAGGACACAGCCGACCCCGAACAGAUCAAGAACGCCACCAAUACCUUGCAGCAAGCCAGUCUCAAGCUGUUCGAACAGGCAUACAAGAAGAUGGCUGCGGAACGCGAAGGACAACAACAAACAACACAAUCCGAGCAAACCCAACAGGAGAAAGAAAAAGAGGAGAAGAAAAAUUAA